GUCAGUUGGCUUCAGCUACACCGUGUCAUCCCAAAAGGCGCAGGAUUAAAUACACAACAAAUGAGUACCAGUCUGGCUUCUGAGCAGGAUAACCAGAAUGGAAAGGAAAAUGAAAGAAGCAAAAGAGCCUCAAGAUUAGAUUACUGCAAUGAAGACCAACUUCUCUCACACUUAACUGAGCUUCAGGCACUUAAUCCUGAAAGUAUCGUAAACUUGGCAACACGGCAGGGUGUCAAAUGUGUCUGCAGAAAAGUAUCUGAAAGCCUGAAGACCUUGGACAAGUACAUUAAGACAUGCAAACCUACAUAUGUAGAAGACUCGUAUAUGUCACUUAUAACUGGCAUCAGAACUACUCAUGGCAAACUGUGCAAGGACCGUGAUUUUCGGAAAGAGUUUAGGAAGUAUUCAUCUUGUUACCGAGACAUUAAAGAAGAAUAUAACAAUUGUGCUGGCCCAGAAGACUGGAUGGAUAACUCAAGGAAAAAAUGUGUAUGCAAUACAUACCAGACCCUCGAUGAUUGCUACUACAAUGUAACAGUUCGCCCUUGUGGGAAAAAUGCUGCAAGCAACAUGAAAGAGUUUGCUGGAUGUGUCAUUGGUAGUGUUAUGAUGAUAAAAUGCAGUAAUGUGAGCCACAAGGAUGGGCUUCAGAACAUUCCACAAGAAAAAGACUCCACAGAAAUACCAUCUGAUAGCAACGACAGUAAAAAAUAUUAUCUGGCAGGCUACAUAGUUGCAGGCAUUGUUGCAACAAUAAUGCUCAUCUUUAUCUCAUACUGCUGUAUAAAACGCUGGAGAUCUUCACGGGUCCGUUUUUAUGAGACAGUAAGAGAACCCUUACUCAGGGAUACCACUGAAUAAAUUUCAGGACUCGACAAUCCCAGUAAAUCACCAUCAUUAUAUACUAUAACAGAAUUAGUGGAAUAAACAUAUAAGCUUCAUCAUGUAACCUGAAUUCACUUGUUGACCCAUGCUGACUUUAUUUGUAACAAGUUUCUUCAAAGGUCUGUCUUGGAUAGAUUCGAGGGGAGGACAUUGCCUCCUUCCAAGAAAAUUUGAGGAAAAAAUAACUGAAAGAAAAAGGAAGACAAUUGCAAGAAAAAGAUGAUAGAAAAGUAAAAAGGAAGAUGAAAGAAAAUAAAAAAAGAAGGUGGGGAAGAGAAGGGAACCCAUUGUGAAUAAACUUCUUAAAUAUCAAAACCAACUGGAUCUAAACUGUUGGCAGAAUGCAAGGAAACAAGACUUCCCGAGCCAUUAAACUACUGCAAACAAUCACAUAAUUUACAAACCUUGUGUCAUUCCAGUUUUACAUAUACCAUUGCACUUGUACAGCAUAUCAAAAUGCAAUCCACUUUAUCCCAUCACGUUAUCUUUGCUUUUAUAUGAACAUCUACAGUUGCAUGUUGUCAGUUCAAGGAAACAGACUCUUCGACUACUUUCUGCUUGCAAAGUCAGAACUGAGUAGGAGGAAUGACAAUACAACAAGUGGCUAUAACAGAUGCACCAUGUCAACUCAUGAGUAACUUUAUUUUCAAAAGUGGGUCUUUCAUAGAAUUGUUGCAGCUUCAUGUCUUUAAGUUUGCAGAGAAAGGAAAGCUUAAAAUCUGAAAGAGGAAACUUUAUAACAGUAACAUAUAAAGACAAUGGUGCAUUUAAAAUGGUUGUGAAACUCUCAUGUUGAGCACAUUUUGCAUAAAAUACUAAAACAGUUUCUUUCAUACAGCACAUGAAAAAAUUUGAUUUUCUCGAUAACAGAAUCUAAUAAAUUUCAAUUACAUAUCUCAACAUAUACCAAAUUCUGUGCAUAUGCUACGUAAUAAAUUAACAUAUAAAAUUACAUUAAUCACAACAACAAAAUAACCUUCACCGCAGUGAUACAAAAAUUUACUGACAUUUAAAUGAGUACACUGGAACUAUCCAGAAUGUUUUUCCCACAGAAAAAUUUGUUGUUUGUGAAACAGUACCCUGGAAGUAUUGACAUUUUAUCUGUCAAUCAUCUAUACUUAUGACACCAAACAAUUUCAGCUUCUCAGCCCUAUUCAUUGCUACUCAUAUUGUAGUUUGUAACCACUGCCACUUGUACAGUUUGUAAUAUCCUGUAGCCCUCCACUGUUGUUGUUUAUCUUUUACUUUGUGCUAGUUUGAAAAGUAUGUUCUCUUUAUUAGCAUACUUUUCAUGUAUGAAUAAUUGUUCCUUAUUAAAUUUAUGUAUUAACAGAAUAUAUUUUGUACACAUGUAAGCCUUGUAAUUUUACAAGGGAGGAAAACACUACUACAAUAACAAGGGAUAAAUUAUUAAAGAGAUAAAAAGGAUGAAGACAUAGGGAAAGAAAUACAUACCAUUAUAAUUUCCAGUGUUAGGUCUAUUGAGAACUGUUGCUGCUAUCAUAUAACAUUACAAAUGUUCUGACAGGUUCUGAGAACGUUGAGGUAUUCAUAUUUUACGGGACUGGUGCCACAUUCUGUACUGCGGUUGUAGUAACGCAAUGCGGUGGGUAGGAAGAAGCAUAUCAUCUGGGAUAUAAUGCCAUGUAGUUCAUUGAUAUUUGACUGAUGUUCUUCCAAAACAUCGGUUGAGUGUCA